AUGGCUGGCAGUGACAGUGGCAGUGGCAGGCAAACAAGAGGCCGGCAAAGGAUACCCAUGAAGCUUAUCGAAAACCAGGACGACUUAUACGCGACGUUUUCGAAACGUCGUCGUGGUUUACUCAAAAAAGCGUGCGAGCUAAGCACGUUGUGCGGGGUCGAUUUGGGAAUAAUCAUCUUCUCCCCAACCAACAACCCUUUCUCACUAUGGAAUCCGUCUGCGGACUCCGUGGUCGCGAGAUACAGAAACCCGCGGCAGUUGGACGAACUGUUGGGCCAAAAGGAUGAGAUAAACGAAGCGGACAAACGGCAAGACGAGAUGGAUCGAAGACGAGAGAAAGUGUGGUGGGAACAGGUCGAGGCCGAGAGAGUGCAAGCGGACAAUGAGAAGGAGAAGUGGGACAAGGCCCGUCAGCAACAACCAUACAAGCGUCGUCUAGGGGAGCUGGUGAGCCAUCUACAGGCCGUGCUGAAACUGGAGCUCCUGAUGAUGUGA